UUUAUCACAGUCUGUUAGUAGACUAGAUAAUAUGUCUUAUAAACAUCUACAGCGGUUGCAAAAUUCGUUUAAAAAUAAAAAUGUUUUAUCAAAUAUUUUUGCUAGGAGCAAAAACGUAUGGAGCGGUGAAAAUAUCGUAAUUUCUCCGUUUAAAGACGUAGACAUUCCUGAUGUGAGCCUCAAUGAGUAUGUUUGGAAGAUCUUGGAGAAGCAUCCCACGAAUAUAGCAGCGGUUUGUGGCAUAACCAACAGGAGUUACACAUACGAAAAAGUAUACAAGCAGAGCCGAACUUUUGGCGCCAAUUUGCGGAAAAAAUUUAGAAUCAAAGAUGGCGACACUGUCGGAGUGAUGUUACCGAACAUGCCAGAGUACCCUACGAUUUUCUUCGGAGUAUUAUUUUCAGGAGGAGUUGUAACUACAUAUAAUCCAAUUUAUACACCAUACGAAGUAGAAAGACAGCUUAACGUAUCAGCAACAAAGCUAAUUAUCACAAAUCCAACUUUAGUAUCAAAUGUUAAAAAGGCUUUAGAACUAUCCAAGAAAAGCAUACCUAUAAUUUCUGUUGACAUAGAGGAAGCUAGUCCUGAAGGAACUGUAUCUUAUAAAGAACUAGUCGAAGAUAAUAAUGUAGAAAUGGCUAUUUUAAAAGAAGUGAAGCUAAAUCCUAAUGAUGUUUGUGUGUUGCCGUAUUCUAGUGGAACUACGGGAAUGCCUAAAGGAGUAGAGCUGACUCACCGAAACAUUGUUGCUAAUUGCCAACAACAAAAUACUGAAUGUAGAAUUCAUAGAUUAACUACAGAAUGUCAUCAAGACUCGCUCUUAGUAAUUCUUCCUAUGUUCCACGCCUAUGGUUUGUCUAUCCUCAUGCUGCACAAACUGUCACAAGGUCUGAAGCUGGUGACCUUGCCAAGGUUUCAGCCUGACACAUUUUUGACUGCAUUGCUUGAAUACAGAAUUAAUAUGUUGUAUUUAGCUCCACCUUUAGCCCUGUUCCUGGGAUCUCAUCCAGAAGUGACCGAGAAGCAUUUAGAACACACCAAUACUAUAACAUGUGGUGCGGCACCUUUGCCGGCAGCUGAUAUAUACAAAGUUUUAGGAAAAGUUAAGCACGACCUUCAUUUUGGACAAGGCUAUGGAAUGACAGAAGCAAGUCCUUUAGUGUCAAUCGCUCCUUUGGGUUGCAAGCGUUACGAGUCUGUUGGUUAUCCUUUACCUAAUGUGCAGCUGCGAAUCGUUGAUGAAAAUCUGAAGAAUCUUGGACCAGGCCAGGUGGGUGAACUACUAAUCAAAGGUCCAAAUAUAAUGAGAGGCUAUAGAAAUAAUCCGGAAGCCAAUAAAGAAGUAUUUUUAGAAGGUGACUGGUAUCGAAGCGGAGAUUUGGCGAAGAUCGACAAAGAUGGUCUGAUGUUCAUAUCUGACAGACUCAAAGAACUUAUAAAGGUCAAUGCUUACCAAGUCCCACCAGCAGAACUAGAUAGUGCAGUCAAGAAUCAUCCAGCAGUUUUAGAUGCUGCUGUGGUUGGCAUACCAGACCCUCAAACUGGAGAAAGACCUAAGGCUUUUGUAAUUUUGAACAAAGCAGCCAAAGCUACUGAAGAAGAUAUCAUGAAUUUCGUCAACGAAAGAGUAGCUCCAUAUAAGAAGAUUAAGGAAAUAGAAUUCGUUGAUAGUAUACCCAAAAACCCGUCUGGAAAGAUUCUAAGAAGACUCUUGAAAGAACAAUACAGGAAGAAAUAAAUUUUAUAAUAUUAAUAGUUGUUUAUUUACAUAAGUGCCUCCUAUAUAAAACAAUUACAUCAAGUGAAUACAUAUUAUAGGAAUCUGAAGGAUGAGAAUUGUCUAUAAUCACAAUAAUUGUAAGAUUAAAGACCUAUAUAAAACUUGUGUUACAAA